AUGGAGCUUUUGAAAGUGUCUUAUGAGAUAGAUAAACUGGUUGAUUUGGUGAAGGAACGAGAGCGGUUGAUUUCUGUUUUAAAAAUUAAGCCGUCUGCUGCUGAUAAUUUAAAUUUGAAGACGCAGCUAAAUGGCACACUCGAUUUGUUACAGAGCAGUGAGGGAGCGAUAGACGACGAAGACUAUGCAGCUUUUGAAGGUUAUUGCCAAAAAUACAACGAGGCGUUAGAAUGUGUGCCGCAAGACGGUGUAAUCGAUAAAUCUCUUUAUGCAUUUGAAAGGCGACAUUGGCACGGACAAACUACAAAGGACAUUUCAAGAUCUAAGAGAGUCCGUUUCAAGGAUGAUUUAAUCGAGUAUUCUGAUACCACUCAGGACUCUGGUGCUGAUGUGGACCUUGAUGCCGAUAGGAUUAAGCUUUUUGAGUAUGGGAAAAGUAAAGGAGGCAGUGUUGGGGAUAGCAAUCUUGUUGUGGCACCUCAGCUCUCUAAUCAAGAGAUUUUUGUACAACAACAACAGCAGUUAUUGGAGCAAGAUGCACAUUUGAAUAAUUUGUCCAGUAAUAUCAGCCGGGUGCACCAUAUAUCGCUGGACAUCGAUCAUGAAUUAUCCGAUCAGAAUGUAGGUGUUCUACGCGAUUUAGAAAGUCUGGUGGAUACUAGCGGAAGAAAUCUGAGCAGAGCAAGAACACGACUUGAUAUUUACGAGAAAGCAGCUCGGGAAAACGGGCCCUGUCUUGUUAUUUUGCUCCUUACGAUAAUUUUGAUUCUCCUUUUGAUCGUUAUUUAA